AUGUCUAAGAUUGAAAAUCCGGAUGAUGGUUCUCAAAAACAAUCUAAGAGAACUAAAUUUGUUAAAAAGUUUAGUAAGAAACCAACAGGAAAUUCUCCUAACUUGAAAGUACCACUUAAUCAAUUGGAGCAAAGUAAAUCAACAACUAAUAUAUCCAAAUAUGAUGAAUUAUCGUCACAACUUUGGAUAAAAGAUUUUAUUAAAAAAAAAUUUAUCACAGAAAUAAAGUGGAAUGAUUUAGUUGGUAAAUCGCCAGUUGGUUCGGGUAAGUUUGGAGUGGUAUAUAAAACACAUUGGAAGAAAAUGAACAAAGAUGUUGUUUGUAAGAGACAAAUUCUAGAUGACAUUAAUGCAAUUGAGCAUGAAAUAAAAUUACAAAUUAGAGGACAUGUUUGUGACAAUAUUAUUCGCUUUUUAGGAAUUACGCAAGAGUUCAAAAAAAAGUUACUUAGGAUACAAAAGAGUGAUGAAAACGAUAGCGAAGAUGGAAAAGUUAUUAAUAAUCCGCAACUCACAAAUGAGACGUCCGAAAAUUUUGAAAAUGAUACAACUUUGGUUAACUUAAUGAUUUCUUGA